AUGGAGGGUAAACCGGAGAAGCUGACUUUGAAGCGCCAAGUGGGCCUAGUCGGUGCAGUGUCACUUAUUGCCGGAACCAUGAUUGGAUCUGGAAUCUUCAUGUCACCUCAGUCAGUGCUGUACAGCAUCGUACUGGCCCUGGCAGUGAUAGUGUUUGGCGGUGCAGUAGUGCUUAUCAGUGGGGGACAAACGGAGAGUUUCAACGACUCAUUUGAGAACACAAACGUUGGGAUCAAUCCUAUUGGCAUUGCUUUCUACCAGGGACUGUGGUCCUAUGACGGCUGGAACAAUUUAAAUUAUGUGACAGAGGAGCUGAAACGCCCAGAGGAGGACAUGGCUACUACUGGUCUCAACAUGGAAAACAAAACCUCAAAAUUCAGCCUUAAACGAGAAGUGGGGCUUACUGGUGCUGUGUCUUUCAUAGCUGGGACCAUGAUAGGCUCUGGGAUCUUUAUGUCCCCUCAGUCAGUGUUGGUUAACAUUGGGAGCCCAGGAGCCAGUCUGGUGGUCUGGUUCUUCUGUGGCCUGCUAGCCAUGCUGGGGGCUUUGUGCUAUGCUGAACUAGGAACAGUUAUUCAGGACUCUGGAGGAGAAUACAUCUACUUCCUGCGAACGUGGGGCCAAGUAGUAGCUUUUAUGUUUGUCUUCAGCUUCAUCAUAGUCAUGAGACCAGCCAGUGCUACAGGUAUUGCUCUAAGCUUUGCAGAAUAUGCUGUGGCGCCUUUCUAUCAAGCCUGCCCUGCCCCAAAACUGGUGGUGAAGUGUGUGGCAGCUGCGGGGAUUCUAGUUCUAGCUCUGAUUAAUAGCUUGAAUGUGCGACUGGCCAUGUUAAUCCAGAUAUCCUGCAUGGUGACUAAGGUGCUGGCCCUGACAGUGAUCAUAGUAGGAGGUGUGGUGUUGCUAUUUCAGGGGAACACUGAAAGCUUUGCAGACUCCUUUGAUGGGACACAUGUGGGUGUCAGCUCCAUAGGGAUUGCUCUUUAUCAGGGUCUGUGGUCCUACGAUGGCUGGAACACUCUGAAUUAUGUGACGGAAGAACUAAAAUCCCCAGAGGUCAAUCUACCCAGAGCAGUUAUGAUAGCCAUCCCCAUGGUUACUAUUCUUUAUCUGCUGGUCAAUGUGAGUUAUCUAGCAGUAUUGACGCCACAAGAGGUUGUGACUUCCACUGCAGUAGCUGUCACUUGGGGGAACAAAGUGCUGGGUAGCUGGGGGUGGGUGAUGUCUGUGGCUGCAGCUUUGUCCGCUUUUGGCUCACUUAACGGGACCUUCUUCAGUGGUGGCCGUGUGUGCUUUGUGGCUGCCAGGGAAGGACACAUGCCAGGUAUUUUGGCCAUGGCGCAUGUGCAACGACUAACCCCUUCUCCGGCCCUGAUCUUCACUACCGCCAUCUCCCUGGUGGUUCUCAUCCCUGGAGACUUCCAAAGCAUUGUCAACUACUUCAGUUUUACCGCCUGGUUCUUCUAUGGAAUCACAUUGUCUGGGCUCAUCUACCUCAAGAUCAAGAAACCUGAGCUUCCUCGCCCAUAUAAGGUUCCCAUAGUCCUCCCCAUCCUGGUCCUCAUUGCUGCAGUGUUCCUGGUUCUGGCGCCUAUCAUAGACAACCCCCAGAUAGAAUACCUCUAUGUUGCCUUGUUCAUCUUCAGUGGCAUUGUGGUUUAUGUGCCCUUCAUUCACUACAAACUCUGCCCAGGAUUGUUAGAGAAGCUAACAAUGUUCCUUCAGCUUUUCCUAGAAGUGGCCCCAGCAGAAAAAAAUUUGUGAAAUUCAAUAUGGAUGGAUUAGAAAGAUAUAUUAUGACAUUUGAUUGUAAACAUUGCUAUAUUGUCCUCAAUAGUUGCAGCUUCACAUCAGCCAUUAAGCAAUCAUCAAACACUUACUUUUACAAGUUCAUAUAGUAUCUGAUUUUUUUCCAUUUUUGUCAAAUUAUCUGAUUUUUUUUGUCACACAGACUUUUGUAGUGUUGAAUGUAAUGGGAAUUGUAAUGUCA